AUGCCGGCAACCGGUGCAAAUUUCCGGAUCCAAGAUUGGGGCCGUCAAGCCGCUACCACGGUCAAAAAAGUCAUGGGCGAGAAGGACCUGCCGACACGGUCUAUCGUUCUAAUCGCGUGGAGCAUGGGCGGCCGAAUGAUAGUCCAUUUUAACAUCUCAGCUAAAGAGCUAGGCUUGGAUGUCCAGCAAUUCAUCAGUUUCGCAGCCACUCCUGGGAUCUCAAGUAUCCGUACCCCGGCGCCGGGUAUGGCCUGCAGCGAGGCAGGGUACUUCUGCAUCCCUGAUCGAUUGAGUAAUUUCUAUCAACAAGUGCAAUAUAUGGAGGACUUCAAUGAUGGCCGAACGUCUAUCUCCAAGGAUAUUUUCUUACGUGAAUACGUCGGCGGGACACCGAUCAAUUUAACAGGCGUGCGAUUGAAAUAUGAUGGGAAGGGAUCUUUUGUUCAAGAUGAGUUGACUCAUGAAGAGGAUACAAAGGUUUUUGAUGUGGUCAACAUCCCUUUCAUAACGGCUCUUUACCCGACUGGUAUUCUUGAUGCUAGUCAUGCAUUAACGGAUCAGGCUAGCUGGGGCUUCUUGAUUAGCUAUCAACUGGAGGCUAUGAUUGGGAAACGAGGGCUGCAGAAGGUAAAAGAGACAGCAAGAUGGCAGCAGCUGAUGGAUUUUGUUCACGCUGCUCCGGGACGUCUCUGUUUCCCUGUUGCUGGUAGUCAUUUCUUCUUUGUUGGGGAAACCUCUGCUCGGGAGGUGGCAGAGAAGGUGGUCAAGCUGAUUGCUGUUGCAAGGGAGCUUCAGAAGGAGUUGUCUGAGAUCGUAUCGUAG